AACCGUCAGAUUUCCGUUUUCCACCGUAUAAAUCUUCCGUCGUUUCAUUGUCCAGAUCCCACGUUAUUCUGUUCUCUUCUUCUUUAUCUUCUCCCUUGCAUUUCAAGCCCUUCACAUCACUCUCUCGCUCUCUCAUGGCGACCGUCACUGCCGCUCCUCUCUCUUCCGAGACCGAGAAGAUCUCGAAGCUUCAAUCUGCAGUUGCAGGCCUCACUCAGAUUAGUGAAAACGAGAAAUCUGGAUUCGUGAAUCUUGUGUCUCGUUAUCUAAGUGGAGAAGCGCAGCAGAUUGAAUGGAGUAAGAUCCAGACUCCGACAGAUGAAGUCGUCGUUCCUUAUGAUAGCAUGGCACCGGCUCCUGAAGAUCUUUCUGAGACUAAGAAACUUCUUGACAAGCUUGUUGUGCUGAAGCUGAAUGGAGGUUUGGGGACUACGAUGGGUUGCACUGGUCCCAAGUCUGUCAUUGAAGUUCGCAAUGGGCUGACUUUUCUUGAUUUGAUUGUUAUCCAAAUUGAGUCUCUCAAUGCUAAGUACGGAUGCAAGGUUCCAUUGCUCCUAAUGAAUUCAUUCAAUACACAUGAUGAUACAUUGAAGAUUGUGGAGAGAUAUUCCAACUCAAACGUUGAGAUUCAUACUUUCAAUCAGAGCCAAUACCCUCGUUUGGUUGUUGAUGAUUUUCUUCCGUUGCCAUGCAAAGGCCAGACAGGCAAGGAUGGCUGGUAUCCUCCUGGCCAUGGUGAUGUAUUCCCAUCCUUGAAGAACAGUGGCAAACUUGAUGCCUUAUUAUCACAGGGCAAGGAAUAUGUUUUUGUUGCCAACUCAGAUAACUUGGGGGCUAUUGUUGACUUAAAAAUCCUAAAUCAUCUGAUCCAACACAAGAAUGAGUACUGCAUGGAGGUGACCCCAAAAACUUUGGCUGAUGUUAAAGGUGGUACCCUCAUCUCAUAUGAAGGAAAAGUUCAGCUCCUGGAAAUUGCACAAGUUCCUGACGAACAUGUAAAUGAAUUUAAAUCAAUAGAAAAAUUCAAGAUUUUCAACACCAACAACUUGUGGGUGAGUUUGAAGGCCAUUAAACGGUUGGUGGAGGCCGACGCCCUUAAAAUGGAGAUUAUUCCAAACCCUAAGGAAGUGGAUGGUGUGAAAGUUCUUCAGCUGGAAACUGCAGCUGGAGCAGCAAUACGGUUCUUUGAUCAUGCUAUUGGUGCGAAUGUUCCACGAUCUCGGUUUCUUCCAGUGAAGGCAACAUCUGAUUUGCUUCUCGUCCAGUCGGAUCUUUAUACCUUGGCCGAUGGCUUUGUAAUCAGGAACAGUGCAAGAACUAAUCCAGCAAACCCUUCUAUUGAGUUGGGACCUGAAUUCAAAAAGGUCAACAACUUUCUCAGUCGCUUCAAGUCCAUCCCUAGCAUCCUUGAGCUUGACAGCUUGAAGGUUGUUGGUGAUGUAUGGUUCGGUGCUGGUGUAACACUCAAGGGAAAAGUGAGUAUCACUGCAAAUGCUGGGGAAAAACUGGAAAUUCCUGAUGGAGCUGUACUUGAGAACAAGGAGGUCAAGAGUGCCAAGGACAUUUGAGGAAGAUCCUCUCUAAUUUUCAUCUCAAGUCCCCUUUUGGUUUUUGGUGUAACCAUCCAACGUGUGGAUGGCAAAGAGCUGUUUUGAGUUUUGAGCACUUACUGUUCGAUUGUUAUGUAGAAAUGAGGAUUUGUGUUGAUAAUUAAUGUAAUAAAUGUCUGUGCUUUUGUUUGCUGGCUA